GGGGCGGGAUGGCGCAGGCGCUCUCAGGCUCCGGCGGCUCCCGGAGCGUAAACAAGGCGCUGCCGUGAGGGAUGAGGAGGCGGCCGGAGCCGAGCGCGGCUGGGAGCUGCCGGGGCUGAGCCUCUCUCCCCUUCGCCGUCCCCCCGCCGGCCGGGGGCCCAAGGAAGCGCCAUGAACCUGGCCAGUCAGAGCGGCGAGGCCGGCGCCGGCCAACUGCUCUUCGCCAACUUCAACCAGGACAACACGUCCCUGGCUGUCGGCAGCAAAUCGGGUUACAAAUUCUUCUCUCUCUCUUCUGUGGAUAAACUGGAGCAGAUCUAUGAAUGCACCGACACGGAAGACGUGUGCAUCGUGGAGCGGCUCUUCUCCAGUAGCCUGGUGGCUAUCGUGAGCCUCAAGGCCCCCCGCAAGCUGAAAGUCUGCCACUUCAAGAAGGGGACGGAGAUCUGCAAUUACAGCUAUUCCAACACGAUCCUGGCUGUCAAGCUGAACAGGCAGAGGUUGAUAGUAUGCCUAGAAGAGUCUCUGUACAUACACAACAUUCGGGAUAUGAAGGUGCUGCAUACAAUCAGGGAGACGCCGCCGAACCCUGCAGGCUUAUGCGCAUUGUCGAUAAACAACGACAACUGCUAUCUGGCCUACCCGGGGAGCGCAACCAUUGGAGAAGUGCAGGUCUUCGACACCAUCAACCUGAGAGCCGCCAACAUGAUCCCCGCCCACGACAGUCCUCUGGCCGCGUUAGCCUUCGACGCGAGCGGCACCAAGCUGGCCACGGCAUCCGAAAAGGGGACGGUGAUCCGCGUGUUUUCCAUUCCAGAGGGGCAGAAGCUUUUUGAAUUCCGAAGAGGAGUGAAGAGGUGCGUCAGCAUCUCCUCGUUGGCCUUCAGCAUGGACGGCAUGUUCCUGUCGGCGUCCAGCAACACAGAGACAGUGCACAUUUUCAAACUCGAGACUGUGAAAGAAAAACCUCAGGAGGAGCCCACAACCUGGACGGGUUAUUUCGGGAAAGUGCUGAUGGUCUCCACGAACUACCUGCCCGCCCAGGUCACGGAGAUGUUCAACCAAGGCCGGGCCUUUGCGACCGUCCGGCUCCCCUUCUGCGGGCACAAGAACAUCUGCGCGUUGGCCACGAUUCAGAAGAUUCCUCGCCUGUUAGUGGGAGCCGCGGACGGGUAUCUCUACAUGUACAACCUGGACCCCCAGGAAGGAGGCGAAUGCACACUGAUGAAGCAGCACAAGCUGGACGGGAGCAUGGAGCCAGCCAACGAGAUUUUAGAAUCGGCGUCACAUGACCGGCCGCUGGUAGCGCAGACUUACAGUACUGCCGUGACUAAAGCCUACACGGAGGACCUAGGUGCAGUCGGUGGCGCUUGCCUCGAAGACGACACCAACGCCCUGCGAUUGGACGAAGACAGCGAGCAGCCGCCAAUGAUUCUCCGGACAGACUGAGCCUCGGACCUGCAGACCAGCUCCCGAGGGUGGAGCGCGCCGGCCCAGCCUUUCUGGGAGGGGGGGGACGCUCAUUGUCUGUGCUGCUACGAACCUUGACCUGAAUCGUUCGAGAGGGAGAGAAAAUGACGGACUCUCAGAUAGUUCUAACACCGAUGGAGAUAACCCCAUUCUAGCUGUGUAAUUUCGAUUCGAUGCCAUUAGGAGAGGGACGGGGGUGGGGAAACGCCUGGUUUCACUUUUGGUGGCUUCUAAAGCCUGCUUUAUCUUUUAGCUGUGAAGGAUAUAUCUCUACCUACAUAUAUAUAUAUAUAUAUUUUGCUCUUCCUGUUUGCCAAAAACCUGCGGCUUGUGCAGUCUCCGGCACUCCCUAGCUUUGCAUGCCUUCUUGUGCCAAGCGAGCAGAUUCACUUUAUAACAAAAAAAAAAAAAGUUUUCCAUUUUUUUAAAAAAUAGAACGAAUCCAUGUGCAUAACACCUGGCUGCCCAUCCGGGAGCAGGGAGGUUACAGUUCCGGGAUUGGCGGAUUGUCCUGCUCAGACGUACAGGUCUUCGUGCAUGGCCCCGCACGUGCACGUGGUGGCAGAACACCACCGUCAGGACGCUUUUUGUUCCUUUGGCCUCUUCUUCC